AUGGUGCAUUGUGCUGUUAUCGUAGUUACUUUGACUAUAUUUUCUUCUGCUCUUUAUGUCUUCUGCUUUUUCGAGAGCAGCAUCAAUUACACAUUUAGUCCUACUUUCCAAUUCAAGAACAACGAAACUGAAAGGAUACUUAUUGAGAAUGAAAAACAGAAUUCCUUAUUGUCCGUACAAUUUUUACGCGAUUAUUAUUCUAAGUAUGCUCAUGCACGGGUGAUGCAUUUGAACUCCAUAACCGCUCAGUCAGGGUUUGCCACUUUGUAUAAUGUUUUGGUGCCAGAGGUUUAUUGUCCAAACUUGAUUCGAGUUGGAAACGUGAACGAUGGAGGAAAAUGGGUGUGUAAUCCGGCAGAGAUGCCUAGGAACUGCAGCAUUUUCUCACUGGGUCUUCGGGAAGAUAUAUCAUUUGAUCGCGAUCUACAAGAAUUCAAUGAAAACAGUUGUGAAUUGUAUGGGUUCGAUAUGAUUGCUCAAUCUGAUUCAACCCGAUUAGAUUAUUCCAAAAUAAACGGAAAGUUGUAUAAAAAGACAAUUGCUGAAAGAACAGAUACCCAAGCGAAUAUGUUCACCAUAGAAGAUUGUAUGAGAGAAAAUGGUGUGGAGAGUAUGGAAAUGCUUAAAAUGGAUAUCGAAGGAGCUGAAUAUCAAGUCAUUGUUCCCUUUUUGCAGAAACACAAACCUUGUCAGGUGUUCAUAGAACUGCACGGACUCGCAUACGACAUGCUCUCACUACUGCAUGCUAUUGCCAGACAAGAUUAUUUUUUAUUCUUCUAUGAAAUAAACGGAGACAGUUUGAAGGCUUGUGAAUACUCUUUCAUACAUUCAUCCUGUCUAAAGGCAUACGGACUUUUCCCAUUAUCUCCCUAUCUAAAAAACUUGGAUAAAAAAAAAUAUCUCCCAGCUGGCAUUUGA